AUUGUUGUGCUUUUGCAGAAAUCCGUGCUUCGAACUGUAGACGGCCGUGUCACUCGGCUCCCUGGGACCUUUGGGGCAGCUUCUGAGGGCGGGGACGAGUUCACGCGGUUUAGUCACUGCUGGAGGUCGUCGCACGGGUAAUGAGGAGCGGUUGGUUAAUGAACCUCAGUGAUUUUAAUUCUGUUGGACUGGAUUUGGUUGCUGAAUGCGCCCCCAUUUCACUCUUGUGUGGUCCGAGACUGGGGGGUGUGAGAAAGCGGGCUGGGGUCACGUAUUAACCCCUGUCACCAGGGCGAGGGCCGUGGUGCCUUGCGCCGUGGGGGAGACCAAGUCAUGCUGGCGGGAGACGCGGCAUAGGAUCUUGCUUUGGGGAGCUCUGUUUCUUAACCGCCUUUGUGCUCAGCCAUGUCGCCGGCUCCAGCUGCAGCCCAGGCUUCUGUGUCGGUCUCCCUGUUUGACCCCAAGGCGGAUACUCCGGUCCUUCAGGGCCUGCGCCUGGUGAGCCAUGCUCCCGGGGAGGCUCUGGCCCAGGCUCUGCAGGUUUCCUAUCCAGGUUCAGGGGAGAGAAUAAGCCCAGAAAGAAAACCACUCCAGGGUCCUCUGGAUAUUUCAGAGAAGUUGUUUCGUUCAACCUGUGACCAGACCUUCCAGAACCACCAGGAACAGAGGGGACAUUAUGAACUUGAUUGGCAUCGGUUUAACCUAAAGCAGCAUCUCAAGGACAAGCCUCUCCGGUCUGCCCUGGACUUUGAAAAGCAGAGCUCCACAGGAGAUCUUUCCAGCAUCUCAGGAUCAGAAGACUCAGACUCAGCCAGUGAGGAGGACUUGCAGAUACUGGAUGAGGAGAGGGCUGAGUUUGAGAAGCCUGACCUACCCCGAGGCUUCCACCCCCAUCGGGUUCUUUUCCAGAAUGCCCAGGGCCAGUUUCUUGAUGCCUAUUGCUGUGUCCUAGGCCCUCGCCAGGUGCCCCCAGAAGCAGCAGAAGUGCUGCUACAAAACCUGAAAAGCGGAGGUCCCAGGGACUGCAUGGUGCUCAUGGCUGCUGCUGGGCACUUUGCUGGUGCUGUUUUCCAAGGACAAGAAGCGUUGACACACAAAACCUUUCACUGCUACACAGUGCGGGCCAAGUGGGGCACAGCCCAGGGGCUUCGGGAUGCCCGGGGUGCGGCUUCCCGCUCUGCUGGAGCCAACCUGAGGCGCUACAGUGAAGACAUGCUAUAUAAGGAUGUUUGUGACCUGCUGGAAGGGCCAGAAUAGGCUAAGGUGCUGGAGAAGGCUGGGACGAUACUGAUGCGUGCACCCCGCUCUGGCCGGUCCUUGUUCUUUGGAGGCCAUGAGGCUCCCUUGCAACGUGGGGAUCCCCGACUUUGGGAUAUCCCCCUCACUACCCGCAGACCCACCUUCCAAGAGCUACAGCGUGUGCUCCAUAAGCUGACCACCUUGCAUGUCCACGGAGAAGACCCCCGGGAGACAGUCAGGUUGGAUUUACCUCAGACAAACUGGAAGACAAUGAGAGGAAGGAAGGCCACUGAGGAAGAAAGAAAGGUCCGCAGUGAUGAAAAUGAGGCACUCGGGCGGAAUGAGGAAGCUCCCAAACAGGGUUCAGAGUCAGAGGGAGAGGAUGGCUCCCAGGUAGAGUUGGAGCUAGUAGAGGUGACACUGGGGAUGCUGGAUCUUCGUGAAUUUGAGGUAUUGCCCAAGCAGAGGAGGAGAAAAAGGAAUAAGAGGGAGAGAAACCAAGACCUGGAGGCUGGGGCGCAAAUGACUCUUUCCCAGCAACCUCAAGAAGAUGAGGCCUUUUCAGAGUCAGAGCCUUUGGGGCCUUCCCCAGAUGAGGCCAAGUCCCCUGGUCAGCCAGAGCACUGGGAUGUGCUCUUGGCUGCUUGCCGAGCUGGAGGGGGGAUGCUGAAGCUCUGGCUAGCUGCCAGCCCCCUAGACCCUGGAGUUCUGUCUCUGCUCAGUGCCCCCUUGGGCUCUGGUGGCUUCACCCUCCUGCACGCAGCCGCCACAGCUGGGAGAGGCUCAGUAGGUGAUGUUGAACUCAUUUUUUGGGUUUUUGCACCUAGGGACUACCGGACCCGGCCACCGUACACGGUUGCAGCUGACAAAUCAUGUGAUGAGUUCCAGAGCUUCAUGGAGAAGAAUCCAGAUGCUAAUGAUUACAGCAAAGCUCAGGUGCCAGGGCCACUGACAGCGGAAAUGGAGGCGCGGCAGGCCAUUCGGAAAAGGGAGCGGAAGGCAGCCCGGCGGCACCGGCAGGAGCAGUAGUGGGAGCAAGAAGAGCAGCGGAGAUUUGCCGCCCUCAGCGACUGAGAGAAGGGAGCUCUGGCUGCAGAGCGCCGACUGGCUGCCCAUUUGGGAGCCCCUACCCCUCAGGUCCCUGACCCUGCCAUCAUCAGUGUUCGACGCCACUGGAGCUGUGGGACAUCCCUCCAAGGCCUCAUAUUCCCUUUCACUACUUUGACUUCUUUCCUCUCCACACGCUGCCUCCAGGAUCAUCGCUGUCGGGCUGGAAAGCCCUUUUCCUGA